AUGGAAAUGGAAGAAACAGUGUCCGAUGCAAUACAUCAAGUAGACAACGUGUUCCCCCACGGGACCAAUGUUGACCUGGAGCCGGACAAUGACAUUGACGACGCCGAGAUGCAGAGCCUUCCGGGAAGUGACGUCGACUCUGCCCUGGGAGAGUCCGAGGCAUGGCCAUCGUCUACUGCAUCCCUUCGGUCGAGCAUAGUACGAGCGCGAGAGGAAAACGGCCGCAUAUAUCACGGAUACAAGGAUGGAAAAUACGUCCUGCCCACGGACCAGGAAGAGCUUGACCGACAGGCAUUUCAGUAUCAGCUUUGUCAGCUCACCUUUGAGAAUAGGCUUAACUUUGCUCCAGUCCAUCAGCCGCACAGGGUCUUGGAUGUUGGGUGCGGCAUUGGAUUAUGGGCAAUCGAUUUUGGAGAGGAACACCCUGAAUCCGAAGUAGUGGGCGUAGAUCUGUCACCCGUCCAGCCAGGCUUCACACCACCCAACGUCCACUACGAGAUUGACGACCUUGAAGAGGAAUGGAGCUUCUCAAGAAAGUUUGACUAUGUACACAGCAUGAUGAUGACGGGCGCUUUCAAGGAUUGGCACAACUUCCAUCGGCAAGCUUUUGACAACCUUAACUCUGGGGGAUGGCUUGAGAUCCAGGAUAUUGACUUCCCUAUGAAGUGCGACGAUGGGACAAUAUCGGCAGACUGUGACCUAGGCAGGUGGAAUGAGCUGAUGAUGGAAGCUGGUAGAAGAUCCGGCUUCCUGCUGGACACCUGCGGCAGGGCAGCGGAAAUGAUGACCAGCGUCGGCUUCGUCGACAUCGUGCGCAUCCAGUUCAAGUGGCCAAUCAACCAGUGGCCGCGGGAUGUCAAGCACAAAACACUCGGGCUCUGGACCGAGGCCAAUUUUAGCGUCGGACUCGAGUCCAUGACGCUGGCUCUUUUCACCCGUUUCAUGGGCUGGAAAAAAGAAGAAGUAUGGGAUUUUAGCGCGAGGGUGAUUGCGGAGUGGCGAGAUAUCAGAAGGCAUGGGUAUUUUGACGUUGUCUUGCUCGAGCAAACGCGGCUCUUGACCGUCCGGCAGGUCAAGUACGGCGCCAAGCCAGCCUUGUGA